AUGACAUUUCUUCAUAUCAAGCCCAUUGCUUGGGCAUACUCUACAAUAUCAUUAGGGACUGGAAUGCUAAAUUCUGUGUUCAGCUUCUACUAUGUGAAACUGUUUUUACAAGUAUACAAGAUUCCAGAAGCGGCCUUCUGUCAAGCCCAGAUAAUUUUAAUGGUUUGGAAUGUCCUUAAUAACCUGGUUGGGAAUUUUUACUUCAACUUCAAGGCUGACUGCAGUUUAAGUGAUCCUCUUUUCAUCUUACUUGGAGCCUUUCUAUAUGUGGUAGCCUUCCUGCUCCCUUGGUUCCCUUGGAGACAGUAUCGAGAAGAUGACUGGCUUAGUGAACUUCACCUGGUGGCAUCAUUAUGCACUUUUGAGAGCACGCUCAUUUAUGUGCAGCAAGCCCUCCGUAGUCUAUUGGUAGAGAUUUCCACUAGACGUGAGAGUAGGCUUCAAAUGGUUAAAAUUAACCAAGUGCCAUUACUAGUAGGAUCUACCAGUAUCCUUUUCUGUGGCCUCAUCUCGAAUAAUAUGGAAAACCUGCCCAAUUUUCAGGUUGCUGCUGUCUUUGUUGCCUUUCUUGCAGCUGCCAACCUUUGCAUAGGCGUGUACCACAUGAGACAUUUGGAACCCAAAAUAAGCCCCGAGGAAAACCUUUGCUUGGAAAGUGAACAGGAUGCUGUCUGGACCUCUGUCAUCUUACUAAUGAGACGAAUGUUAUCCCAGAAAAAGUUUCACCUUUUUUUAAUAGUGAAUUUCUUCCAAGUUUUCCAUUUAACCGUCUUCAACAACUUCAUGAUGAUCUUUGCAGAUACUCUCAUUCCAGGGGAUGUUUUUUCUUCUUCCAUGAGAAGCAUCAUGUAUGGGGCAGGCUUUAUUUGCUCACAGUGCCUUGUGUUUAUCAUCUGGCCCUGGCUGAAGAAAUAUGGUUACUAUAAGAUUAUCCUAAUUUCUUUCUACCUAGAAGGAGCAGCUUCAAUUGUCAUGUUAAUUCUGGGGCAGGAAUACUAUUACAGUUUGGCCCUUUAUCUCAUUAUUAUCGUGGCGACAGUGCAAGCUUCUUCUUGUCUAUUAAAUCUGCCACUGGCUGAUAUGGUCGAUACAGAUUUACUGAAGUUCAACAGACAGUCACCCAGUUCUUCAGUGGUUUUUGGCUUCAAUGCUUUGUUUACCAAACCUGCUCAAUCUUUAGCUUCAGUGGUGAUACUGUUAUGCCUAGAACAAUAUGACUUUGGCAACCCAAACAGCAGUGUACUGUUAGAGCUUCAAGAUUUUAUGUUUUGUUUGAUUUGCCUGGUUCCGCUGGGCAUUGCAAUAAUUCAGAUUCUGGUUUGGAAUGAAUUCUCAGUCAGAAACAAGAAAUACCAGAUGCAAAGUCUUUAA